CGCGGAGUGUAAUUGCGGUUGUUGCUGUCAUUGAUCUACAAAGACACAAUAAAUAUUUUCUCGAGUGUCGCGCGAAAGAAAGGAGAGUUUAAUUUUAAAUCGCGCUUGAUUGAUCGGCUGCAGAGUGAUCGAUUCGGAUCUCAAGGUGCAUUUCACAUCGCCGAGAGUCGGGAUUGGGCGUGAGAUUGCCCACUUUGGUGGACAAGGAAGAAUUCCUCUGACUGACGCUGCCUCUGGCCAGAUGACAGUCACACAGUGAGUGCAAGAAAGACGGGAGAAGAGCAAAGUGACAGUGGAAUUUCGCAAUGGCCGUGUCUUGUCCGGAAAUGAUGUACGGAGCUUACUAUCCAUACUUGUACGGACGCGCUGGACCGAGCAGAUCCUUCUACCAGUACGACAGGUUCAAUCAGGACCUGUACUCCUCAUCGGGCGUCCCACUCGCACCGUCGAGCGCUUCGGGGAGUUCACACUCGCCGUGCAGCCCCAUCCUGCCGCCCUCCAUCGCCGCCCCCGCGGCCGCGGUGUCCUCGGCCCAGUCAGUAGCCUCCGCGGCCGUGCCCACGAUCCCUCUGGGCGCCAUCCAGCGACAUGUCACCAAAGAGGAAGACCUCAGCGCCACGAGGAGCGACACGGAAGGUCCUCUGCCGGGCGCUCACAACGACAGUUCCUGCUCCUCGGGCCCCGAGUCGCCCCACGUGGCCGCGGCGGACCCCACGAGCGACGGACAACCCGCCCGGGCGCAGUACGUCUCGGCAACGUGUGUCGUCUUCACGCACUACAGUGGCGACGCCGCCACUGUGGUUGACGAGCACUUUUCCCGCGCACUCAACUUUAGCAAUAAGGAAAGCAAAGACGGAUCCAGUCCGAUGUCGGCGAGAAAUUUUCCAGCAUCCUUCUGGAAUAGCAACUACGUACCUCCGACUCCGGCGCCCACACAUCCUCAAGUUCCGGAUCUGUACUCAGCGGACGGGAGCUACUCAACGGAUCCCUGGGUUCCUCACCACUACGGUUCCUACGCGGCUCACGCGCACGCUCACGCGGCUCACGCUUACCACCAUCACCACAACAUGGCGCAGUACGGGAGUCUGCUGCGGCUGCCGCAGCAGUACGGCCACGGAUCGAGGUUGCAUCAUGAUCAGCAGACGGCACACGCCCUCGAGAGCGCCGCGGCGUACUCCAGCUACCCCACAAUGGCCGGCCUCGAGGCUCAAGUUCAAGAGUCAUCAAAGGAUCUCUACUGGUUCUAAAGCCGUAAGAAUAUAGCAAAAAGUCAGUUGGUGCCGCAGUAUUAGCUUAACGAACAAUCUCUAAGAAGGAUAAAAUUGUGAAAGAAAAGAAACACACAAAGUUUAUUCUAGUGAAACAACAAAAGCAAGUGUGUAAGAGAUAGGAGUAUAUAAAAUGUGGUACAAAAACUCAAUAAAAUAUUAGGAUAAAAAUCGUGAUAGUAAGUUAUAAUGGGGAAAUUGCCCAGAAUUGUGUAAGAGCGCGCAAAUUUGAGUCAGUGUUCGUUGUGGAGUCGUAUUUUGAUUUCUUUCCUCGCAUGAACAUCUCUGAGUGUGUUUAGCAUGAUAACAGAGAGGAGAAUAUAGGUUUCAUCGACAACGAAAGGUUUCAAGAAAUGGCAUCCCUUGUCGCGUGCAAAAAUGUCAGCCGUCAAAACCACCCACACACAGCUUUUCCGACAGCCUCCCAUUCGCCAAGGCAUGCAUACAGAAUGAGUAAGACAACAUUUGCAUAGAAGAUUCGCAUGUGAAAAUGAACGGCGGACAGACAGAAAUCUUGCAGCAAAACGAUUUAACAAUUAACUCCUCCCGUGAUAGAUCAGAACCGAUGGAAAAACGAGAUAAAGAGUAUUAAUUACAUAAAUGUUACAUUAAUUGUGUAAAUUAUGGAAAUUUGCAAAAGCGCAACAAUGCUCAGAUAGAUGGAAAAUCGCGCACAACUCCAGGAAAAUUCAACUCAUGCGAAGAAAAGUGAGCACAAAACAUGAGAGAUUGAUGCCAAUUGGCGGCAAAAGGAAAAGAGAAGAGAGUCCAGCGGGAGAGUGCAGAAAAACUAUCAGACAAUAAAUGUAAUUGCUGUUUGGCGCUGAAGAAAAACAAGCCUAUGCACACGAAUUAUUUAAGAAAGGUUUUUCUUCCCAUCGAGUGCGGCUUCCAACCGCUAUAAAUUGCAAGUUGCCAUGUUUAAUUAUCUUAAUUACACACGACUAUUAUUGUUGAAUUUAAUAAUCGCUCCUUUUUUCACAGUUCGCGCCACAUUUUCUUCCCAAUAUUAUGUGUUAUUCUUUAUAUUUUUGUGCAAUUUAUUGUUAUUAAACACUUGCUUUUCUUCGCGCAUAUGCAAACACACGCCACUCUUCUUUGCGAUGAGCAUGGAAAAACAGGAGGGAAACUUGAAGACGCGCUUCCACGAAAUUGAGCAUUAUUAAAAUAAUUAGUUCGUUCUUCAGGCCUUAUUUGCAUGGGUAUUUUUCUUGCAGCAAAUGAAAGCUUGACAUGUACUCAUUGCUGGCAGUAUAAAAAAACAGAAUUGUGUGCUCGUAAUCAUGAUAUUUCUGAUAGACUGUGCAAAAACAGUCCCCGAAAUUUAUUGUGCGAAAAGGUGCUGUAAUUUGGAAACGGAGUGGAAAAUAUGGACACACAGAGAAUGGCAAUAUUGAAAUGUAACUUUUUCUGCAUGACCGAACAUGGAGCCGUAGACAGGGUGAAUUGAGAGGCCCUCGAGAGUUAAUGAUAAUGGAAAAUCAGUAAUUGUUUUGAUGAAAAGAGCCACACAGAUGAAAAGAGAGAAAUAUUGCAUGCUAGUUUGCUGAAUUUCAUCUAUUUGACCAAAAUAACAUCAUUUGUUGUCCAUUAGAGCAAAAAUUCCCAAUAUUAAUUGCAAUUGUUGGGUGGAUGUUUUUCCAUUGAAAGCUCUCCCAAAAGCUACAAUAUACCACAUAAUUAUAGGUUCAUCAAUUCAUUCAAUGUUGACCAUAUAACAGAAAAUGCAACGAACACAAAAUCAAGUGAGAAAAUGUUUUCUUUUCCAUCGUAAAAUGGCAAGAUAAAUAAAAAUCAUUAUAUGUACCAAUACAAUAAUUCAAUUGCAGACCACAUAACAUUGCGAAAAAGUCUGUCUAUAGGAGAGGAAAAGAAAUUAGGCAUAAUAAUAUAGAGAGUAAUUCCUGUAAAUAUUUAGAGGUAUUUGAGAAAUCGACAAUGUUUUGUUAGUUCUUUGUAAUUGAGCUGAACAUAAGAAAUUUUAAUGUACAUUGAGGAGGGGAAAAAAGUGUCUCAGUAAGUGGAAAAAAACCGAGGUAAAAAUCCAUCGAAGAAUUUUGUUCUUGCAUGAGAAGUUGUAAAAAGAAUUAUUAGACCAUAACAUGAUCGAAAUUGUGCAAUUUUCAUGCAGAAAACACACUCCCAGAAAGAGGGUUUUUUGCAAAGAGAAGGAAAAAAAACCAGUUAAAGUCAAACAAUCAUUAUACAAUUUCUAGAUGUAGUCCGCUGGCAAUGAUCUGUACACUCUCCUGUAGGAAACUUUUAAGUGACAAAGAGUGAAUCCAUCACAUCAAGUGACAAAAUUUUUGGUGUAAAUAAUUUAUCUGAUAAUCCAAAUAACAAUAGAUAUUGAGGCAGAUGAAUAAAGAAAAUUG